GGAGCCGCGCAGGGGGAACCCCGCCGCAACGGUCGGCUGCUGAGUCACGGCCCGAAUUUCGGGCCCCUCCUCCUCCUCCUCGUCCUCCUCCUCCAUCUCCUCCUCCUCAUCCUCCUCCUCCUCCUCCCGCCCGGCUGCCGGCGGCGAUGCCCGCUCCGCUGCCGGGGGGAGACGCUGCCCGGCCCCCCGCGGCUCGCCGCAGCGCCUCGCUCGCACAGGGGCAGCCGCACGCCUGAGCCAUGAUCGCCGCCGCUUUCCUGGUGCUGCUGAGACCCUACAGCAUCCAGUGCGCCCUCUUCUUGCUCCUGCUCCUGCUGGGGACCAUCGCUACCAUUGUGUUCUUCUGCUGCUGGCACCGCCGGCUGCAAAAGGGGAGGCACCCCAUCAAAUCCGUCUUCUCGGGGCGCUCCAGGAGCCGAGAUGCUGUCAUGAGAACCCAUCACUUUCGCUCUGAGGGCUUUAGAUCAAGUCCUCGUCAUGCCAGAAGACGUGUAGCACCUCGCCUUGAGGAAACACAACCUCUAGUGGAAGCUCACCACCUAAGCGAGCAGGAAACCUCUGUAAGAAAAAGGAAAAUCAAGAAAAGCAGCCGAGUACAACCAGAAUUCUAUCAUUCUGUUCAAGUCACCCCAACUCGAAAACCUAGCUCCGGCCACGCGUCCCAUCGCUGCUCCAUGUCGUCGUCCGCCGAUUUCUCCGACGAGGAGGACUCGAGCCACAAGUCCGGCACGGUGUCGCCGGCUCCGGGGGACACCCUGCCCUGGAACCUGCCCAAACACGAGCGGUCCAAGCGCAAGAUCCAGGGCGGCUCCGUGCUGGACCCCGCCGAGAGAGCCGUGCUGCGCAUCGCCGAUGAACGGGACAAAGUACAAAAGAAGACCUUCACAAAAUGGAUAAAUCAACAUCUCAUGAAGGUUCGAAAACAUGUGAAUGACCUAUAUGAAGACCUAAGAGAUGGACAUAACUUAAUCUCGCUUCUAGAAGUCCUUUCUGGAGACACCUUGCCAAGAGAGCGAGAUUUUUUGAAGACCUUACGGUUGGUGAGUUCAACAGAAGCAUGCGCAUAUGAACAGCAUGAGGAUGUGGAGGAUGAGGAUAAGGGGCCCCGAGAAAAAGGUCGGAUGCGUUUUCACAGACUCCAGAACGUCCAAAUUGCACUUGACUAUUUGAAAAAACGCCAGGUGAAACUGGUUAACAUUAGAAAUGAUGACAUAACAGAUGGGAAUCCCAAGUUGACUUUGGGGUUGAUAUGGACCAUAAUUUUGCACUUUCAGAUAUCUGAUAUCCACGUUACUGGAGAGUCAGAGGACAUGUCUGCUAAAGAGAGAUUGCUCCUGUGGUCGCAGCAGACAACUGAGGGUUAUGCUGGAAUCCGUUGUGAAAAUUUCACUACCUGCUGGCGUGAUGGAAGAUUAUUUAAUGCCAUCAUUCAUAAAUACAGGCCGGACCUGAUAGACAUGAAUACCGUUGCUGUUCAAAGCAACCUUGCAAAUUUAGAACAUGCUUUUUUUGUAGCAGAAAAACUCGGUGUUGCCAGACUUCUGGAUCCUGAAGAUGUUGAUGUUUCCUCACCUGAUGAGAAAUCAGUAAUAACUUAUGUGUCAUCACUUUAUGAUGCAUUUCCCAAAGUACCAGAAGGUGGUGAAGGCAUUGGUGCAAAUGAUGUUGAAGUCAAAUGGGUUGAGUAUCAGAAUAUGGUGAACUACCUCAUGCAGUGGAUCAGACACCAUGUUACAAUAAUGUCUGACAGAACGUUUCCCAACAAUCCUGUGGAGUUGAAGGCACUUUAUAAUCAUAUUUACAGUUUUAAAGAAACAGGAAAUUCCACCAAAGGAGAAGAUAAAUCAAAAAAACGUCUAUAUAAACUGCUGGAGGUCUGGAUAGAAUUUGGACGCAUCAAACUUCCUCAAGGCUAUCAUCCAAAUGAUAUAGAAAAAGAAUGAAAGCUUAUUAUUGCGAUGCUGGAAAGAGAGAAGACCCUUCGGCCUGAAGUAGAGAGGUUGGAAAUGCUGCAGCAGAUUGCAAACAGAAUUCAGCGGGACAGCCGGAGCUGUGAGGACAAACUGAUACUUGCCCGGAAUGCUCUGCAGUCUGACACCAAGCGAUUAGAGUCAGGGCUUCAAUUCCAACACGAAGCAGAGAUAGCUGGGUAUCUUCUUGAAUCUGAGAACCUUCUCCGCCAGCAAGUGAUUGAUGCCCAAAUUCUUAUUGAUGGAAAAUACUAUCAGGCAGACCAGCUCGUGCAGAGGGUUGCAAGACUUCGUGAUGAGCUGAUGGCCAUACGUACUGAAUGUUCUUCCGUGUACAGCAAGGGACAUGCACUGACAACAGAGCAGACAAAGCUGAUGAUAUCAGGAAUAACUGAAAGCUUAAACUCAGGAUUUACAACAAACCUAACCCCUGAAUUAAAUGCUGCAAUGACCCAAGGUUUAACACCUUCUUUGACUUCUUCCAGCUUGACAUCUGGCCUCUCAUCAGGUCUUACUUCCAGGUUGACACCAGCCAUCACUCCUGCUUACACACCUGGCAUCCCACCACGGUUAAUCCAAAGCUAUGUGACAGGAGUAGACAGCGGGACUCUUCAAACACUCAAACUGAUGCAAAUCAGAAAACCUCUUAUGAAAUCAGCUUUUGUGGAUCAGAAUUUAACAGAAGAAGAGGUGAACAUGAAAUUUGUCCAGGACCUAUUGAACUGGGUGGAAGAAAUGCAGGUGCAACUUGAUCGGGCAGAAUGGGGUUCAGAUUUACCAAGUGUUGAAAGCCAUUUAGAAAAUCACAAAAAUGUCCACAAAGCUAUUGAAGAAUUUGAAUCCAGCCUUAAAGAAGCUAAAAUGAGUGAGAUCCAAAUGACUGCCCCUCUUAAACUCAGUUAUGCAGAAAAAUUGCACAAACUGGAGAGUCAGUAUUCAAAACUCUUGAACACAUCAAGAAAUCAGGAAAGGCAUCUAGAUACUCUUCACAAUUUUGUGUCUCGUGCUACUAGAGAGCUGAUAUGGCUGAAUGAAAAAGAAGAGGAAGAGGUUGCGUAUGAUUGGAGUGAAAGAAACCCCAAUAUAACAAGAAAAAAGGAAUACCAUGCAGAAUUAAUGAGAGAACUUGAUCAGAAAGAAGAAGUAAUUAAAUCAGUACAAGAAAUAGCAGAGCAGUUGCUUCUUGAAAAUCACCCAGCUAGGCUAACCAUUGAGGCAUAUAGAGCUGCGAUGCAGACACAAUGGAGCUGGAUUCUUCAGCUCUGUCACUGUGUUGAACAACAUUUGAGAGAAAAUGCUGCAUAUUUUGAGUUUUUCAGUGAUGCCAAAGAGGCCAUGGAAUAUUUAAAGAACUUGAAAGAUGCCAUAUACCGAAAAUACAGUUGUGAUAGAACAAGCAGCCUUCAUAGGCUGGAAGACCUUGUCCAGGAGUCUAUGGAAGAAAAGGAACAACUCUUGCAGUAUAAGAGCACAGUAGCAGGCCUUGUAGGGAGAGCAAAGGCAAUAAUUCAGCUGAAGCCAAGGAACCCUGACUGUAUACUGAAAACAUCCAUCCCAAUUAAAGCCAUCUGUGACUACAGACAAAUUGAGAUAACUAUUUACAAGGAUGAUGAGUGUGUUUUAGCAAACAACUCCCAUCGUGCUAAAUGGAAAGUCAUUAGCCCAAGUGGUAAUGAGGCCAUGGUUCCAUCUGUAUGCUUUACAGUUCCUCCACCAAACAAAGAAGCAAUAGAUACAGCCAACAGGAUUGAACAGCAAUUUCAGAAUGUACUGGCCCUUUGGCACGAGUCACAUGUAAACAUGAAGAGUGUGGUUUCCUGGCAUUACCUUACAAAUGAAAUUGAAGCCGUUCGAGCUGGCAAUGUUGCCUCGAUAAAAACAAUGCUGCCAGGUGAACAUCAGCAGGUUCUAAGCAAUUUGCAGUCCCGCUUUGAUGAUUUUGUGGAAGACAGCCAGGAGUCCAAAAUCUUUACAAGCUCUGAUACAGCACAGCUGGAAAGGGAAGUUAAUAUUUGCAAGCAAUACUAUCAAGAGCUUCUGAAAUCUGCAGAAAGAGAGGAGCAGGAAGAGUCUAUUUACAACCUGUACAUCUCAGAAGUCAGAAAUAUCAGACUUCGGCUGGAGAGCUGUGAGGAGCGGUUAAUCCGACAGAUCCGAACCCCAAUGGAAAGGGAUGACCUACAUGAAAGUGUGUUUAGGAUUUCAGAGCAAGAGAAACUGAAGAAGGAGUUGGAUAGACUGAAAGAUGACUUGGGAGGCAUCACAGAUAAAUGUGAAGAGUUUUUCAGUCAAGCUGCUGGUUCACCUUCAGUUCCUACUCUGCGCUCUGAACUAAAUAUUGUCAUUCAGAAUAUGAACCAAGUUUAUUCUAUGUCUUCCAUUUACAUAGAUAAAUUAAAAACUGUAAAUUUGGUGUUGAAGAACACCCAAGGAGCAGAAUCAUUAGUGAAACUAUAUGAAACUAAGCUGUGUGAAGAAGAGGCAGUAACUGCUGACAAAAAUAAUAUUGAAAAUCUUAUGGGUACAUUAAAGCAAUGGAGAUCUGAAGUAGAUGAGAAAAGAGAAGUAUUCCAUGCCUUGGAGGAUGAGCUGCAGAAGGCAAAGAUGAUCAGUGAUCAGAUGUUUAAAAUGCACAAGGAACGUGAUCUUGACUUCGACUGGCAUAAAGAAAAAGUUGAUCAGUUAGCCGAGAGGUGGCAAAAUAUUCAUUCUCAAAUUGAGAAUAGGUUGCGUGACUUAGAAAGUAUUAAUAAAUCUCUGAAGUACUACAAAGAUACUUACAAUUCAUUGGACACUUGGAUUCAACAAGUGGAAGAUACUCAGCGAAAGAUUCAAGAAAUUCAUCCUGAAAAUAGCAAAGCACUGGCUAAACAGCUGAACCAGCAUAAGAUGCUGGUUUCUGAGAUUGAGAUGAAACAAAGCAAAAUAGAUGAAUGCCAGAAAUAUGCAGAACAGUACUCAGCUGCUGUGAAGGACUACGAGUUGCAGACUAUGACAUACAGAGCUAUGGUUGACUCCCAACAAAAAUCUCCAGUGAAACGUCGAAGAAUGCAAAGCUCAUCAGACUUCAUUAUUCAAGAGUUCAUGGAUUUACGGACUCGUUAUACUGCCCUAGUGACCCUGAUGACGCAGUACAUAAAGUUUGCAGGUGAUUCUCUGAAAAGACUGGAAGAGGAAGAGAAGUCAAUGGAAGAAGAAAAGAAGGAACAUGUUGAGAAAGCUGGGGAUUUGCUGAAAUGGGUGUCAAACCUCAGCAAGACACUCAGCAAAGAAGGAGGAGAAAAGGCUGAAAAGACAGAUUUGCCUAAGCAGCAGAUUUCCCUUGAUGAAAUAUCAACCAAGAAAGAACAAAUAGCUGAAGCUCUGCAGACUACUCAAGCAUUUUUAGCUAAGCACAGUGACAAAAUGACAGAUGAAGAGAGGAAUGAAAUGGAAAAACAAGUCAGAUCCCUCCAGGAGAGCUACAGCUUGUUAUCCAAUGAAGCUUUGAAGCAGCUGCAGGAAGCACAGUAUUUGGAUGAUGAAAAGAUGGAAGAAAAGGUGAAUAAUGUCAUUGCUGGUAUCAUUGACCAAACAACUGGAGAAGUCCUUUCAGUUUUUCAGUCUGUUCUAAAAGGUUUUAUUGACUAUGACACUGGAGUUAGAUUGCUCGAAAAUCAGCUGAUCCUCACUGGAAUCAUUUCUCCAGAAUUAGGAGUAUGUUAUGAUUUGGAAGAAGCUAAAGCUCGUGCCUUAAUUGAUGAGCAGACUCUGUUGCAGCUGCAGGAAUUAAAUAAUGCAAAGAAACUUAUUUCAGAAUCAUCAUUAUCAAACCUUCCAGUUGUGUCAGCUUUAGAACAAGGUCUAAUUUCAGAACCUUUAGCUAUUAAGAUUCUUGAGAAUCAGCUUUCAAGUGGGCACUUGAUUUUGCCAUCUACUGGAGAGCACCUGACUUUGCAGAGUGCUUUCCAGAGAAACCUGAUUUCUCCAACAUUAUAUGCAAAGCUUCUGGAAAAAGACACUUGUAAAGAUCUCAUAGACCCUAACUGUGCUGAAAAGAUUUCCCUUGAACAGAUGGUUCAUAGAAGCAUAAUACAUGAAGAAACAGGGUUAAGACUCCUACCUGUGAAACCACAAGAAAAAGGUAGAAUCACAUUCAAAUGUGGAAGGAAGAUAACUAUUUUGAGGGCAGCCCACGAAGGACUCAUCGACCGGGAAACAAUGUUCAGGCUACUGGGGGCUCAGAUGAUGUCUGGAGGUAUAAUUGACCCUGACUCAGGGAAGCGAUUGACUGUGGAAGAGGCCACGAGACAAGGGAUGAUAGAUCAGGACACCGCUUGUGGGAUCCUCACGCAUCAGGUUCAGGCUGGUGGAAUCCUUUGUCCAAAUUCAGGCCAACGCUUGACUGUUGAUGAAGCUGUACAGUGCAAUUUAAUAUCAUCUACCAGUGCACUGCUGGUAUUAGAAGCACAGAGAGGCUUUGUUGGACUAAUAUGGCCUCACACGGGUGAAAUAUUCCCAAUAUCAACUUCUUUGCACCAAGAGAUGAUAACAAAUGAGCUGGCAUUCAAAAUACUAAAUGAUAGGCAGAAAAUAGCUGCACUUUACAUUCCAGAAACUUGUGAAGUACUCGGUCUAGAUCAGGCUGCACAAUCAGGGUUAAUAGACAUCAAUACUGUGUCUGUUCUGAACAGUGUGAUUUUACCAGAUAAAAUGCCCAGUGUAGAAGAGUUAGAAUCCCCUUGUAAAAAUGCUGCAAAAUGGUUAUCAACAUAUGAGCUCUUGCCAUCUGUAUUUCAUGACUGUGAGGAGGAACACGAAGAUUCUGGAACACAAGACCCUGUAUGUCGUAAUACAGAUCAAGCUAAGAAGUUAUUCAUAUCUUAUCUGAUGGUAAAUAGUUAUAUGGAUGCAAACACUGGAAGAAGACUUCUGUUGUAUGACGGACAACUGCAAGAAGCCAUCAGUAUGUUGCUGGAAGGGGGUAGUUCUAUGUACAAUAUUGAUGAAAAUGAGUUUAGCAACAAAUACAUAAGCCCAAUAGGAAUUAAUCAAAAGUCAGCUGACAAUGUCCAUUUUAGUAAUGUUGCAGGCAAUGUUCAAGGUGAUCUUUCAGGUGUUGAAAGCACUUCUAAUGACAGAAAGUUAAUUCAGUUUGAUGAUUUAGGGAAUGAUAAAUGUUUACAGGGAAAAGAUCUCUAUGUGUGUAGAUCAGGUGUUUGCAAUACUAGUGGUACUGAGCAAUCAGAAUAUGCACAGGAGAUGUUGUUAACUAAACCUCCAGAACUUAGAAAUGUAGAAAGUAGCACUCAAAAUUCCACAGACAGAAAUGUGCUCAAAGGUCUUCUGGAGGAUUCUGAGUGGACGCAAGUAGAGCUGUGUAAGCAUAAUGAUCAGAAAGCAAAUUCAGGAAACAUUGAAGGAUUUCUUCUAAAUGACUCAAAUCCAAAUCUUAUUUCAGAAACAGGGAAGGAGGAUAUUCUUUUGGCAGACAGUCUGUGUAAGGAAAACAUUAAUGAUAAAACCUUACAAAAGUCCUCGAGUGUGAAUGACUUGUCAGAUGAUAAAAUCUGGAGAGACAUGGAAAGGUGCAUGGAAUAUGAGCCUCACAUACUAGAAACUGACAGUUAUGGAAUGGUACUGGACAAUGGAAAGAAAGACGACUUUCAGAGAAGUUUUGGUUCAUCAGCCAGUGCAGAUAAUGAAUAUAGACUUCGAGAAGAAUCAGGUAGUCGAUGUGGUCACACGCUACAGUUUGAUGAUAAUAGAUACAGUGAGCAACCUCUACAGGGCUACACUGAUGUGCAUAACAGGGCAUCCGUAGAGGACUAUCCUUACAGACAUGGCAGGCUGUCUCUGGAGGGUUGUACUGAUUCGCCACGUAAGCUUUGUCUAGAAGAUGGUAGAGACAUACAGUGGACGCCUUUGUUGGAAAGCAAUACUGUUGCACACGAUGGACCUUCUGUGGGGGACAGUAACAGCACAGCACAAAGUCUAGCAGUAGAAGAAAGCGAUCUGCAAUUUGACAGGUUAUUACUGGGUGACAGUAGUUCUGACUCAUCACUAGAAGGAAGUGAUAGCAUCCCACAGUUUGAAAGUAACCACUUGGAGCAUGAAUAUGGUGAGGUAGCCUCUGAAGAGGACAGCUCGCUGUUUGAUGAUGACGACGACGAUGCCUAUGAAACUCCUCAGGUUGAUGAUGAUGACAGUGAUGUCUAUGGUUCUCCACAAAUUGAUGAUGAUGAGUCCUAUGACACCCCUCAAGGUGAUGAUGAUUUUGAUACCUUGCAGUUAGGGGAUGUUGAUACACCAGAGCCAGAGAAUGUUCCAUUAGGAACAGAGGAGGGGGGUGGUCUAAUAGCUCUGAGAGAAGAGAACAGCUCUUUUCAAGAACUUCCAACUAGUGCUGGAGAGAGUGUCCAUUACUUAAGGGAUGUAAAUCUGAUAGGUCUACCUGACAGCAUAAAUACAGCUUCUGCAAGUGCUGAAACGUUGGAAACAGUCCCUGUGGAGGAAAGGGAAAGAACAGGGGGCUUUGGAGAGAAGCAAAAAUUACCAGUUACUCCGGAGAGUGAAGGAAGAAAGGAGGGAUGCCUCACUUCUUUAUUGAAUUUGUAUGAAACAAAAGUACAGCGAGACAGAAAUGAAGAAGAUGAAAUGAAAGCAGAAAGCACCUCCAGUGAGGAUGAAUCUGAAGGAACACAGGAGGAGGAAGAUUAUGAUUAUGACUGUAUUGAUUAUGAUAGUUACGAUGACUCUGAUACUGAUUCUGACAGUGAUGAAGAAAUGGAUACUUUUUACUCACACCAUCAGUGUAAAAACAAAGAUGAGCAGCUGUUAAUUUCUGUAGGAGACGUACAAAAUAGUGACAAAAAUAAUCAGAAUAUUGAUGACUUUUGCUAUUCUUUAGGCCACCAGACAGGGUACAGUUUGCAAUUCCAGUCUAACCAUGGAAAUAGAAGACUGUCCUUGGGAAACUGUGAAACUUCAUCGGAUGUUUAUGAGGAAAGGUAUGCCAGUGUUACAUGUACAAGCGAAGAAGAAAGACAACAGAAAACAGAAAACGAAUAUGGGAUUUGUGUUGAAAGUAAACACAUGUCACAAGAUACUACAGAGCAUAUUCAGUCUGAAAAUACCUUUGACACUAAAUGGAUGUCCUGUAAGAGUGAAGAAAGCAAUAGAACACAGAUUCUUGAUGAUACUAUGACAUCUGACGUUAAUGUAACACCAUUCCUAAUUAGAAAGCAACCUAAUGGUGAUGAUGAAAGUACUCAGACGAAUAUGCUUCUCUCAGAAUGCUUUACUGAUAGCAUGAACAAAAACAAUAAUACUGUGCCAAUAUUACACUCAAGUCGUGGACAAAGACAAAAAGAAGCAGUAUUUGCAGAGAAAAAGAUAUUAAAUGACAUGGCUGGUAUGGAACAACUAAAGGCAAGUUCAUCCCAAAAGGACAGUAAAUUCCUCACAGAUGUGCCUUAUCCAAGUGAUGAUAGCUCACUUCAUGACCGGGUAGAUCCAAUUACCAAUAGGAAGCAUGAUCAAAUAGGAAAAGGUUUUGAAAUUCGUGCAGAAAAUAAAGAUAGAGUAAAUAUUAUAAAGGAAUGUGAUAUUACGGAGCUAAGUAAAAGUCCCAUACAUAUGGAAAGUCUUGGGGAAAUAUUUGAUGCAUCAGCAACUAAAGGUGGUAGAGGAACUCCUCUUUCAAGUAAAGAAAAAGGAAAUAUUGGUGAGAUUUUGCCUGACAUUGGAGAGACAGUUGUCUGUCAAAGUAUUGACAGUAUUCAUAAAGACAUUUCAGAAAACAGGAGCAGCAGUGAUAAUGAACUUACCCUUACAAAAGCAGGUGCUUUAGGAAGUACUGAGGACGCCAAAGAAUCAGGGGAUGGGAUUGUGCUACCUUCUGGGAAUCAUGCACAUACCACUGGUGCUUCUUCUGCAGUUCUGAGCAGCAUAGGGGCUGACUCGAAUAAUGGUGACCAGAAAGAAUAUGAAGGACUGAAAAACACAAAGGGAGAAGAAUUCCUGGCCAAUGAGACUUCUUCCUUUGAAAAUGGUUUCAAAAAACAAAUGUCCAUGGAAUCAUUACAAACGGAAAUAGGACCUUGCAAAGAUUUUCAAGUAAAGAAGGGCUUUUCACAGUCACCAGAAAUGUCUGACACACUAAUGGAAGACUUAAAGAAUAUAUUACAAAGGAAAUUGAAGGUGGGACAUAUUUACUGCAAGGAAGAGGGUGAACCCCUAAGUUACUCUGAUACCAAAACUCUGAUGCAAAAUUUACUUGCAAUGGUUAGAAGCACCCAGCCUGGAAGCAGCAUGUCUUGUGAGUCAAAUCUUAGUCAAACAAGCAGUACUGCUAGAACAGCAUUAAUGGUUACUGCACCAUGCACAGAGCCAAAGGACAGCGAUGCUCUUUCCUUGCUCUGGCCUGAUUGCAGGAGUCCUGAUCUUCUUCGUGAUAUCCUGAAGCAGGAAUCCUGUAAGCAAAAGAUGGAUGAUCCAAAUGAAAUGAAGAGUGAAAUAGACCAAGAGGUGAAAGGUCCUGUUGCAAAACUUAGGACUUCUGAAAUUACGGAGAUUUUUCAAAUGUCAUCUGGAGAUGAAUGUACAAGCAAAUUAGAGGAGCUGAUAAGUGGUUUGCUUACGAGCUCACAGGUUGCUGGCAUCACCACAGGACAUGAAGGUAAAGGCAAAGUAGAUGGGCUUUGUACUCUUUUCUCCACAGAACAACCAGAGUUUGGAUAUGAAAUUCCUAAAGAGAAAACAUUGGCAGAUGACAUAGCUGUUGCUUGGAAAAGUGACCAGGAGUAUGAGAAGACAGACAGCCUUUCCAAAAGCAUUACUGAACCUGCUUACAAAAGCAAAGAAGCAGUCCUGGAUGACAACCUCACUAGCAUGGUCGAUGGAGUACAGAAAUGUUUCAAGUUAACAGAGAAAAUGAGAGAACAUUUGAUGGUGCUUCAAGAAAUGAAAAGCCACCUAGAUAACCAGAAACCUAUUAGUAGCAACCUGGAAAUACUAAAAGAACAAUUAGAACAACUAGAGUCAUUUGAAUCCGGAUUGGCUACCUUUGCAAUUAUCCUAAAAAAGGACACAAAGUUGACAGAAGAGUUUUUAAAGUUUAAUCACAAGGAUGUUCCCAAAGAGAAACUUAAAGAGCUAAAGAUAAGCUAUGACUAUUUGCAGGAAGCAUUUCUGGUGGUCUGUGAUACAUCUUCAAAACGAGCAAAACAAAUAGUCUGUGCUAUUGACUCGGAAAUGUCUAAGCUUGCAGAAUCACACCAGCAACUUUUAAGCAAACUCCAGAGAUUUUCAGACUGGAUCACAGAACACAGUAAAAUCGUGAAUGACUUCACAGUGAAUACUAAUGACAUAGAAGAUAUGAAGCAAAGUUUACAACUGCUUAAAAACACUGCUGCAGAGCUUGGCUGUACAAAAAUGCAACUGGAGUCCACUGCGUUUGAUGUUCAGUUCUUCAUUUCUGAACACGCCCAAGAUCUUUCUCCUAAUCAGAGCAAACAGCUUCUGAGACUCUUAAAUGCCACCCAGAAAUCUUUUCAGGAAGUACAGGAAGCAAUAACAUCUCAAGUGAAAAGUUUAGAGACUGAGUUACAGGCAGCACAAGAGCUGGGUGAUCAGAAGGAUGUGGCUGAACGGCAGCAGGAAUGCAAAGAGAAGCUGCAGGAAAUAUGUGAUUUGCUUAGACAGACUGAAAAUCGACUCAUUGGACAGCAAGAGUCUCUCAUUAUUGGAGACAGCAAGGCUGAGCUAGAACAAUACCAGACCAAACAAGAGGAGAUACAAAAAGACAUGAGAGCAAGUGCCCAGAAAUUGGCAGAGAUUGUGAAAAAUACUGAAACCUUCUUGAAAGAAAAUGGAGAGAAGUUGUCACAAGAAGACAAGGCUAUUCUUGAACAGAAACUGAAUGAAGCUAAGACAAAGUGUUUGCUCCUUAGCCAGAAGGCAGAAGAGUCCAAAAAAGAACUGGAUAAGGCUAUGACAACAGCAAUUAAGCAGGAAACAGAAAAGGUUGCAGCCAUAGAACAGCUGGAAGAAAGUAAAAAUACAAUAGAAAAUCUCUUGGAUUGGUUGUCAAAUGUGGAUAAAGAAGCAGAGCACGGUAGGAAAUUUAAGCAGGCGAUAGAACAGAAUGGAACGCACUUUGAAGAGGGAGAUAUGAAGGCUUUGGAAGGAGAGGAGGAUGAUGUCAAUGGUAAUCUGUUGGAUAUUCAGCAAGACAUUGAAAGUCAAGUGGAUGGACUAGUAAAAAGCACAGAAGAUAAUCUGAACCAGCAGUAUCAGAAAGUCAAGGCUCAACAUGAGAAAAUUAUUUCACAGCAGCAGGCUGUCAUAAUAGCAACUCAAUCUGCUCAGGCACUACUUGAGAAGCAAGGCCACUACCUUUCCCCCGAAGAAAAGGAGAAGAUGCAAAGGAACAUGAAAGAGCUGAAGGCUCAGUAUGAGACUGCUUUAGCUGAAUCUGAACGGAAAAUGAAGAUGACUCAUUCUCUGAGGGAAGAACUUGAGAAGUUUGAUACAGAUUAUAGUGAAUUUGAAACCUGGCUGCAGCAGGCAGAACAAGAACUCGACAAUUUGGAGGCUGGUGCUUCUGACUUCAGUGGUAUUACGGUCAAAUUGAAAAGGCAAAAGAGUUUUUCAGAAGACGUUAUAUCUCACAAAGGUGAUUUACGGUAUAUUACAAUUUCUGGACAAAGAGUUUUGGACGCAGCAAGGUCAUGUAGCAAAAGAGAUGGUGUCAAGGUUGACAAAGAUGGUAUUGAUACUUCGGCUACUUAUGCUGAAGUGCAAAAUAAACUGGAUAGUGCUUCAGAUCGUUUUAAAUCUCUCUAUACUAAGUGUAGCAUCCUUGGAAAUAACCUUAAGGACCUGGCAGAUAAAUACCAGCAUUAUGAAGAUGCCUCAUCUGGACUUUUGUCGGGUCUUCAGGCCUCUGAAAUAGCUGUUAACAAACAACUAUCUGAGCCAAUUGCAGUGGAUCCCAAAAAUCUCCAAAGACAACUGGAAGAAACGAAGGUUCUUCAAGGACAAGUGUCUAACCACCAAAUUGCUGUAGAAAAACUUAAAAAAGCUGCUGAAGUGCUUUUGGAUACAAGAGGAGAGUUGACACCAGACAAAGAUGAGAUUCAGAAAACACUGGAUGAUAUUGUGGAGAGAUAUGACAAUUUAUCAAAGUCUGUGAAUGAAAGGAAUGAGAAGCUCCAAAUAACUCUGACACGAUCCCUAAGUGUGCAGGAUGGUUUGGAUGAAAUGCUGGAUUGGAUGGAAGGUGUUGAAAAGAGCCUUGAAGAAAAAGAUCAAGUGCCUUUGAAUUCUGUUGCUAUUCAGGACAUCAUUAGUAAAAGCAUUAUGCUAGAACAAGACAUUGCAGGUCGCCAAAGCAGUAUAAACACUAUGAAUGAGAAAGUGAAGAAGUUCAUGGAAACAGCAGAUCCAUCCACUGCAUCCUCACUGCAAGCUAAAAUGAGUGAACUUGCAGGACGGUUUUCUACAGCAAGUAAGAAGCAUAAAGAAAAGCUUAUGAAAAUGGAGGAGUUGAAGACUAAAGUGGAGUUAUUUGAAGGUCUGACAGAAAAACUUCAGUCGUUCCUAGAUGAGAAAAACCAGGCUCUCAGUGAGACUGAGGCUCCGAGAAAGGAUGUUAGUGAAGUAUCUCAGUAUAUGCAGGAGGCUUGUGUAGAAUUGGCACAACAUAAGAAAGAUCUGGAAGUUUUGCAGCAGCUUCUCGAAGAACUUUCAUUCCACGCUCUUCCUGGGGAUAAAGCAUUGGUAGCAGAAAAAGUAAAUGCUUUGUCAAAAAAAUUCAGAGAGGUAGAGCAGACCGUAAAAGAAAAAGAAGAGGACGUAUCAUCUUGUCAGAAAGAAAUGGAUACUUUUGAGCUACUUGUGGAAUCUUUAAAGAAAUGGAUAAAAGAGACGACAGAACGUAUUCCAGCAGCACAACCCUCUCUGAAUACAGAGGAGUUAAAGAAGCCUUUGGAAGAUACCUUGAAUUUAAAAGAUGAAUGGACGUUAAAAGCAACUGAAGUGCAGAAAAUGAACAGCAGAGGAACGUUGUUGUGUAAUCUGAUUACUGCUGUGACUUCUCCUGCAAAACUGAGAGCAGUUGCAAAAUCAGGUGGCACAGUGUUAAAUGGUGAAGGAGGAGCUCCAGGAACUCAGGAUUUUCUGAAAAAUAAAGAACUGACAGCUGUUCAACAAGCCAUGUCUGAUGUAAAUCAUAGUUAUGAAGAUUUGGGAGUUUUAUUGAAGGAAAAGAUUUCAGAACUAGAAAGUAUGCUUUCAAAAAUGCAAAAUAUUCAGGAAGAAUCAGCCUCAGUGAUGCAGUGGUUACAAAAAAUGGACAAAACUGCAUCAGAUUGGGAAGCUGCUCCAACUGAUAGUGAAGCUGUUAAAGCUCAAGUUGAGCAACAUAAGCUAUUUGAAACUGAAUUAAAGCAAAGUGCGAAUAAAGUGCAGGAACUAAAGGACAAAGUGACAGAGCUGUUGGAGAAGAACCCCGACUCUGCCGAGGCACCCAAAUGGAGACAAACAUUGGAUAAAAUAGAUUCCAAGUGGAAAGAGCUCAAUCAAGUUACAUCUGAGAGACAACAAAAACUGGAAGAGUCUUCAAAUUACCUGACCCAGUUCCAGACAGCAGAAGCUCAGCUAAAGCACUGGCUUGUAGAAAAGGAGCUAAUGGUCAGUGUGUUGGGACCCCUGUCAAUCGAUCCAAAUAUGCUGAAUACUCAAAAGCAACAGGUUCAGAUUCUGCUCAAGGAAUUCGACACCAGAAAGCCACAGUACGAGCAGUUAACUAUGGCUGGUGAAGGGAUCCUGAAGAGACCUGGUGAACAUCCUCCCUCUCAUGAGACUGUGAAAGAGCAACUGGCAGCUGUGGCACAAAAAUGGGACAACCUAACUGGCCAGCUGAGUAACAGAUGUGACCGAAUUGACCAAGCCAUUGUGAAAAGCACAGAGUACCAAAGCCUACUCAGAAGUCUGUCUGACAAGCUAAGUGCCUUGGAUAGCAAACUGAGCAGCAGCCUGGCUGUGAGCACACAACCUGAUGCUGUGAAACAACAACUGGAAAUUGCUAAAGAAAUGAAGGAGGAAAUAGAACGGGAAAUGAAGAAUAUAAAUGCAGCUCAAGCUCUUUGUGAAGAGCUGUCAACACUGGUUGGAGAAGAGUAUUUGAAAGCAGAACUUACGAGACAGUUAGAUGGCAUCCUAAAAUCGUUUAAGGAUAUUGAGCAAAAAUCAGAUAACCAUGUUCAGCAGCUUCAGUCAGCGUAUGCCACUUCUCAUCAGUUCCAGCAGAUGUCUAAGGACUUCCAGGCCUGGCUAGACAAAAAGAAAGAAGAGCUGAACCAGGCUCGUCCUAUAUCAGCCAAACUUGAUACCUUGCAGUCCCUAAUUGAAGAACAGAAAGAUUUUAAGAAGACUCUGACCAACAAAAUCGGUUCGUAUGAAAAAAUUGUUGCAGAAGGAGAAAGCAUCUUACAGAAGACUCAAGGAGCUGACAAAGCAGCAUUACAGUCCCAAAUUGCCACACUCAGAAGUAACUGGGAUGAAAUGGAUAAGCAGGUAAAAGAAAGGCAAGAUAAAUUAACAGACUGUCUGGAGAAAGCCCUCAAAUACAAGCAGCAUGUAGAAAAUUUGCAGCCGUGGAUAGAGAAAUGCCAAAGCAACCUGUCUGAAUUAAAAGUUGGCAUAAACCCUGCAGAAAUAGAGAAUUCUGUUGUUCAGGUGAGGGCCUGGCAGAAGGACCUGGAUAAACACCAUGGGAUGGUGGAGCUAUUAAAUAACACUGCUGAAAGUUUGCUCAGUGCAAGUGAAACAGAUAAAGAAAUUGUUAGAGAAGAAACUAAGGCACUGAAUCAGAAAGUGAAUAUGGUCACAGAACAAUUGCAUAAGAAGAGAGAGUGCUUGGAAAAUAUGGCACAAAGGCUGAAAGAGUUUCAGGAAUCAUCCAAGGAAACAGAAAAACAGCUUAAAAGUGCCAAAGAGCAUCUGGAAGCUCAUGAUUCGCUUGGACCUCAGUCAUUCAGUAACAAACACCUGACAAUGAUGCAGGCCCAGCAGAAAGCUUUACAGACUUUAAAGCCUCAUGUUGAUUCAGUAAAAAAGCUUGCCCAAGACCUGGUGGUAGAAGCUUCUGAUUCAGCUGGUGUUUCUGACCUUUUGCUCCAAGCUGAAUCUUUGGAGCAGGAAUACAAUGCAGUGAACCAGCAGGUUGAAGAUAGGUGCUCGUUCUUGGAGACAAAACUUCAGGGAAUUGGCCAUUUCCAAAACAGCAUCAGAGAGAUGUUCUCUCAGUUUGCAGAGUUUGAUGAUGAACUUGAUAGCAUGGCUCCAGUGGGGAGAGAUCUUGUUGUACUGCAAUCACAGAGAGAGGAUAUAAAAUGUUUCCUGAAAAAACUGGAAGAUCUUAUAAUGAAUAAUGAAAAUGCUAAUAAAAACUGUAAAAUGAUGCUAGCCACAGAAGCUGAAGCUUCUCCUGAUCUUGUUGGUAUAAAACGGGACUUGGAAGCAUUAAAUAAACAGUGCAACAAGCUCCUAGACAGAGCAAAAGCCAGGGAAGAUCAAGUGGAAGGUACAAUUAGCCGUGUUGAGGAGUUUUACAGUAAAUUAAAAGAAUUUUCCAGUCUGCUUGGGAGAGCUGAAGAGCACGAAGAAUCACAAGGUCCUGUUGGAAUGGAAACAGAAACCAUCAAUCAGCAGCUGGAUACGUUCAAGGUAUUCCAGAAAGAAGAAAUUGAACCCCUGCAAGUUAAGCAACAGGAGGUAAAUUGGUUGGGCCAAGGCCUUAUUCAAAGUGCUGCUAAAAGUACCAACACAGAGAACCUUGAACAUGACCUUGAAGACGUUAACACCCGGUGGAAGACUCUUAAUAAGAAGGUUGCCCAGCGUGCUGCACAAUUGCAGGAAGCUCUCCUUCACUGUGGGAGAUUUCAGGAUGCCCUUGAAUCUCUGCUUAGCUGGCUCAUUGAUACAGAAGAACUUGUGGCUAAUCAGAAGCCACCAUCUGCCGAAUUCAAAGUCGUGAAGGCCCAAAUACAAGAACAGAAACUUCUCCAGAGGUUGCUGGAUGACCGCAAGCCUACUGUUGAGGUAAUCAAGCGUGAAGGAGAGAAAAUUGCAGAGUCAGCAGAACCUGCUGAUAAAGUGAAAAUCUUGAAACAGCUGAGUUUCCUGGACAGUCGAUGGGAUGCAUUGCUCAGUAAAGCUGAAACAAGGAACCGCCAGUUGGAAGGCAUCUCAGUGGUAGCACAGCAGUUUCAUGAAGCUCUGGAGCCACUGGUGGAGUGGCUGACCGCCACAGAGAAGAGGCUUGCAAAUGCUGAACCCAUUGGAACGCAGGCCUCCAAACUGCAACAGCAGAUUGCUCAGCAUAAAGCUCUAGAAGAUGAUGUUCUAGCUCACAAUAAGAGUUUACAUCAGGCCAUUAGUAUCGGUCAGUCUCUAAAGACUAUGAGCUCCAGGGAAGAUAAAGAUAUGGUGCAGGAAAAGCUAGAUUCUUCUCAGGCCCGAUACAUUGAGAUUCAAGAGAAGAGCAACAGCAGGUCUGAACUUCUCCAGCAAGCCUACUGCAAUGCUCAAAUUUUUGGGGAGGACGAAGUUGAAUUGAUGAACUGGCUGAAUGAAGUCCAUGAUAAACUGAGCAAAUUGUCAGUCCAAGAUUGCAACGCAGAAUUGAUUGAGAAACAGCACUCUGAACUACUGGAUCUUCAGGAGGAGAUUCUUCUUAGAAAACAAAAUGUUGAUUUGGCUAUACAAAAUGGCUUAGAGCUUCUCAAGCAAACAACAGGUGAUGAAGUUGUAAUAAUUCAAGAUAAACUGGAAGGCAUUAAAGCGAGGUACAAAGACAUUACAAAAUUGAGCUCUGACGUGUCCAAGACCUUAGAGCAGGCUCUGCAGCUUGCAGGUCAACUACACUCAACCCAUGAGGAGCUCUGCAAAUGGCUUGAUAAAGUGGAAGUGGAGUUACUGUCAUAUGAAACUCAAAUACCACAGGGUGAAGAAUUAAGCCAAGCACAAGAAAGACAAAAAGAGCUGAAAAAAGAAGCAAAGAACAACAAAGCCUUAGUGGACACCCUGAAUGAAGUCGGCAGUGCCUUCCUGGAGCUGGUGCCAUGGAGGGCCAGAGAGGGGCUCGACAAGAUGAUAACAGAGGACAACGAGCGAUACAGAUUAGUGAGCGACACGAUCUCGCAGAAGGUGGAUGAGAUUGACGCUGCCAUCCUGAGAUCCCAGCAGUUUGAUCAAGCAGCUGAUGCUGAGCUCGCCUGGAUUGGAGAAACAGAAAAGAAACUGAUGUCUCUGGGUGAUAUUAGGCUUGAGCAAGACCAGACCACAGCUCAGCUACAAGUUCAAAAGGCUUUUACCAUGGAGAUUUUGCGACACAAGGAUACUAUAGAUGCACUUGUUAAGUCUGGGGAUAAGAUAAUGAACACAUGCACUGAAGAAGAGAAACAGACCAUAAAGAAAAAACUGGAAAGCCUGUUGCAGAAAUAUGAUACAGUCUGUCAAAUGAACUCUGAGAGAAACCUCCAGCUGGAACGGGCUCAGUCUCUGGUUAAUCAGUUCUGGGAGACUUAUGAAGAGCUUUGGCCAUGGUUAACUGAAACAGAAAUGAUCAUCUCUCAGCUUCCUGCACCAGCCCUUGAAUAUGAAACUUUAAAGCAACAACAAGAAGAGCAUCGGCAACUGCGUGAGCUGAUUGCUGAACACAAGCCUCAUAUAGAUAAGAUGAACAAAACCGGGCCUCAAUUGCUGGAGCUGAGCCCAGGAGAAGGUUUUUCUAUCCAAGAGAAAUAUGUGGCAGCUGACACCCUUUACAGUAAAAUUAAGGAAGAUGUCAAAAAGCGAGCUUUGGCGCUGGAUGAAGCCAUUUCUCAGUGUACCCAGUUUCAUGACAAGAUAGAUCCAACUCUUGAGAGUCUGAAACGCAUAGUUGAACGUCUGAGGCAGCCGCCUUCAAUCUCAGCAGAGGUUGAGAAGAUUAAAGAGCAAAUUAGUGAAAAUAAGAAUGUGUCAAUGGAUCUGGAAAAACUUCAGCCGGUCUAUGAGACGCUUAAACAGCGAGGGGAGGAAAUGAUUGCUCGCUCAGAAGGAGCAGACAAGGAUAUAUCUGCUAAAGCUGUUCAAGAUAAACUAGACCAAAUGGUCCUCAUUUGGCAAGACAUCCAGACCUUGACUGAGGAGAGGGAGGCCAAAUUGUUGGACGUAAUGGAACUAGCUGAAAAGUUUUGGUGUGAUCAUAUGGCUCUUGUAGCUACUAUUAAAGAUACUCAGGACUUCAUUCGAGAACUGGAGGGACCUGGAGUUGACCCAUCUGUAGUCAAGCAACAGCAAGAAGCUGCUGAGGCUGUUAAAGAAGAAAUUGAUGGAUUGCAAGAAGAACUAGAAACAGUUGUGAGCCUUGGUUCUGAACUUAGAGCUGCUUGUGGGGAGCCUGACAAACCUAUUGUCAACAAGAGUAUUGAUGAGCUGAACUCUGCCUGGGAUGCCUUAAACAAAACAUGGAAAGAGCGGGUGGACAAACUUGCUGAAGCCAUGCAGGCAGCUGUUCAGUACCAGGAUGGACUGCAGGCAAUAUUUGACUGGGUAGACAUUGCUGGCAUCAAGUUAGCAUCUAUGUCCCCGGUUGGAACAGAUCUGGAGACAGUGAAGCAGCAAACAGAGGAACUUAAGCAAUUUAAAACAGAAGCUUAUCAGCAGCAGAUAGAAAUGGAAAGACUGAACCAUCAAGCAGAACUAUUGCUGAAGAAAGUAACACAGGAAAGUGACAAGCACACUGUUCAAGACCCUCUCUCAGAGCUCAAACUGAUGUGGGAUAGCCUAGAAGAAAAAAUUAUAAAUAGACAGCACAAGCUGGAAGGUGCCUUGUUAGCCUUGGGGCAGUUCCAGCAUGCCCUGGAUGAGUUACUGACGUGGCUGACGCAUACAGAAGACUUGCUGAAUGAACAGAAACCUGUGGGUGGAGACCCCAAGGCUAUUGAAAUUGAACUUGCCAAACAUCAUGUGCUACAAAAUGAUGUUUUAGCUCACCAGUCUACAGUGGAAGCAGUUAAGAAAGCUGGAAGUGACCUGAUUGAAUCAAGUGCUGUUGAAGAAGCAAGUAAUUUACGGAGCAAAUUGGAACUUCUGAAUCAGCGCUGGCAAAAUGUGUUGGAAAAAACAGAACAAAGGAAACAGCAGCUGGACAGUGCCUUGAUCCAGGCCCAAGGUUUCCAUGGUGAAGUUGAAGAUAUGCAGCAAUGGCUGACAGACACUGAACGUCAGCUGUUGGCAUCAAAACCUGUUGGAGGCUUACCAGAAACAGCAAGAGAACAGCUUAAUACCCAUAUGGAACUUUGUGCUGCCUUUGAAGCCAAAGAAGAGACAUAUAAGUGUCUAAUGCAGAAAGGCCAGCAGAUGCUUGCAAGAUGCCCAGAGUCUGCCGAAACAAAUGUUGAGCAGGACAUAAAUAACUUAAAAGAAAAAUGGGAAUCAGUACAAACAAAGCUCAGUGAAAGAAAAACCAAACUGGAAGAAGCUCUUAAUUUAGCAAUGGAGUUCCACAACUCACUUCAAGAUUUCAUCAACUGGCUUACUCAGGCAGAGCAAACUCUAACUGCAGCUUCUCGGCCAAGUCUUAUCUUGGACACUGUCUUGUUUCAAAUUGAUGAACACAAGGUUUUUGCCACAGAGGUGAAUUCUCAUCGAGAUCAGAUCAUAGAACUGGACAAAACUGGAACCCAUUUGAAAUACUUCAGCCAGAAACAGGAUGUUGUACUUAUUAAGAAUCUGCUGAUUAGUGUACAGAGUAGAUGGGAAAAAGUAGUCCAACGCUUAGUUGAAAGGGGAAGAGCUUUGGAUGAUGCAAGGAAACGAGCCAAACAGUUCCAUGAAGCCUGGCACAAACUUAUGGAGUGGCUGGAAGAAUCUGAGAAAUCUCUGGACUCUGAUCUUGAAAUUGCAAAUGACCCUGACAAAAUAAAGAUGCAGCUUGCGCAGCAUAAGGAAUUCCAGAAAUCUCUUGGUGCCAAACACUCUGUAUAUGAUACCACAAACAGGACUGGACGCUCCUUGAAAGAGAAAACUACUUUGGCUGAUGACAAUCUGAAACUUGAUGAUAUGCUGAGUGAGCUAAGGGAUAAAUGGGACACAAUUUGUGGAAAAUCAGUAGAAAGACAAAAUAAACUAGAGGAAGCCCUGUUAUUUUCGGGACAAUUUACUGAUGCUCUGCAAGCUCUCAUUGAUUGGUUAUACAAAAUUGAACCCCAGCUAGCAGAAGAUCAGCCGGUACAUGGAGACAUUGAUUUAGUGAUGAACCUGAUUGACAAUCACAAGGUUUUCCAGAAGGAACUGGGAAAAAGAACGAGCAGUGUCCAGGCUCUGAAGCGCUCUGCCCGAGAGCUGAUAGAAGGCAGUCGUGAUGACUCCUCCUGGGUCAAAGUCCAAAUGCAGGAGCUAAGCACUCGCUGGGAGACAGUUUGUGCCCUGUCAGUAUCCAAGCAAACGCGACUGGAACAGGCUCUCCGACAGGCAGAGGAAUUCCACUCUGUUGUUCAUGUCCUCUUGGAGUGGCUGGCAGAGGCUGAGCAGGCUCUUCGCUUCCACGGCGUCCUUCCAGAUGAUGAAGAGGCCUUGCGUACCCUGAUAGACCAGCACAGGGAGUUUAUGAAGAAACUGGAAGAGAAAAAGGCAGAACUGAAUAAAGCAACAGGUAUGGGAGAAGCUAUCCUGGCUAUCUGCCACCCAGACUCCAUCACCACCAUUAAGCACUGGAUAACAAUCAUCAGAGCCAGGUUUGAAGAGGUAUUAGCAUGGGCUAAACAACAUCAGCAAAGACUGGCGGGAGCUCUGGCUGGACUUAUUGCUAACCAGGAACUGCUGGAAGCUUUGCUGUCCUGGUUGCAGUGGGCAGAGACUACACUCACUGAAAAAGAUAAAGAGGUUAUCCCCCAGGAGAUCGAGGAAGUUAAAGCACUUAUAGCUGAACAUCAGACAUUCAUGGAGGAAAUGACCAGAAAACAACCUGAUGUGGAUAAAGUUACAAAGACCUAUAAAAGAAAGGCACUUGAACCCACUCCUGUACAAUCUCAUAUUCCUGUCCUUGAUAAGGGGAGAGCAGGAAGAAAGCGUUCCCCCACGCCAGGCAUAUAUCCGUCAGCAGCCCAGGCACAAAUUGAAACCAAAAAUCCACGGGUAAACCUUUUAGUCAGCAAAUGGCAGCAAGUCUGGCUUCUGGCCUUGGAAAGAAGAAGAAAACUUAAUGAUGCUUUGGACAGACUUGAAGAGCUGAGAGAAUUUGCCAACUUUGAUUUUGAUAUUUGGAGGAAAAAGUACAUGCGAUGGAUGAACCAUAAGAAGUCUCGUGUGAUGGACUUCUUUAGAAGGAUUGAUAAAGAUCAGGAUGGAAAGAUAACGAGACAGGAAUUUAUUGAUGGAAUUCUUUCUUCAAAAUUCCCAACAAGCCGACUUGAAAUGAGUGCUGUUGCAGAUAUUUUUGAUAGAGAUGGUGAUGGGUAUAUUGACUAUUACGAGUUUGUAGCAGCUCUUCAUCCAAACAAGGAUGCUUACAAGCCUCUCACAGAUGCUGACAAAAUUGAAGAUGAGGUUACAAGGCAGGUAGCUAAAUGUAAAUGUGCAAAACGGUUUCAAGUGGAACAGAUUGGGGAUAACAAGUACAGGUUCUUCCUGGGAAAUCAGUUUGGUGACUCUCAACAACUACGCCUUGUUCGUAUCCUAAGAAGUACGGUCAUGGUGCGUGUUGGAGGUGGCUGGAUGGCACUUGAUGAGUUCUUAGUGAAAAAUGAUCCUUGCAGGGUUCAUCAUCACGGGAGUAAAAUGUUACGUUCGGAAUCAAACUCUUCAAUUACCACUCAGCCUACUAUAGCUAAAGGGAGGACAAACGUGGAGCUGCGUGAGAAGUUCAUUUUGGCAGACGGUGCCAGUCAGAGCAUGGCAGCUUUCCGACCACGAGGCCGUCGAUCACGACCCUCUUCAAGGGGAGCUUCUCCCAACAGAUCUACUUCUCUGUCGAGUCAGGCUGGCCAGGCAGCUGUCCCACAAGCAGUUGCUACAAGUACACCGAAGACACCCCAUCAUUUAACACGCAACUAUGGUAAGCCAUGGUUGACAAACAGCAAAACGUCAACUCCUUCUAAGCCAGCAGAAUCCUCAGACUAUCAAGGGUCAUCUGCAGAGGGAACACCCAUUCAAGGAAGUAAACUCAGACUGCCAGGAUACCUAUCAGGGAAGAGUUUCCACUCUGGAGAAGACAGUGGCAUCCUGUCCACUGCAGCUACCAGAGUUAGAGCUCAGUUUGCAGAAACCAGAAGAACUCCAAGCAGACCUGGGAGCCGAGCAGGAAGCAAGGCUGGCAGCAGGUCAAGUAGCCGCCGAGGCAGUGAUGCAUCUGACUUUGAUAUUUCAGAAAUCCAGUCUGUAUGCUCAGAUAUGUCAGAGACUGUUCCACCUACAAGCAGACCGACACCCCGAGCAGGUUCUCGGCCAGGAUCAGCCAAGCCUUCCAAAAUUCCAACUCCCCAGAGAAGGCCACUAGCCAGCAAAUUGGACAAGUCCUUGAAGAGAUAAUAAGAUUGGCUACGUAAAGUUUUUUUUUUUCUUUUGCAUUAAGUAUUUAAGUUCGUAAGAUGUAAAAUAUUAUGUAGAAAUUAUUGUGAAAUAUUGCAAGAGGUGGAUUUUUAAUUCUGCAGAUGGCCUUAUUUGUGUAUUUGUCUUCUUAUUUUGUGUAUAAUUUUUGUCAGAUUUGUUUUUGUUUAUCCCAUAUCCUGUGAGAAGGGGGAAGAGUUCUAAUGUAAACUAACAGUUGUACACAGUAAUGUGUAGAAAGUACACUAAAAAUAAUUACCGAAUGUACAGUGUACUGAAUGUACAGUGUAAGUCUCUGCAACCUGAAUAAAAUAGGCCUAUCACUAUGUCAUUAGUUAACAGUAAAGGAUACCUCAAGAUUUUUCUUUAAAAAAGAAAAAAAAAAAAAGAAUAACUAAAAAGCCAAAAGACACAAUUACACAUUUUGAGCUAACGAAACAAACACUAAAGGAUGUAUGUCCAAACUACUAAGGAAUACAAAACCACAGUCACAGUACCCUUAUUUAUACAGCAUCUCUCAGAGAACUCACAGAGUUAAUUAAGCACUCGCCAGUGAUAUGAUACUCCAAUACCUUGCAGCAUCUCUGUGCCAUUGCUUUCAACGAGGCCAGACACAUUCUGGAUAUUCGAACUGUUAUUCUGUGAGAAUAUCAAUAUAAAGUGCAUUCAUGUAAAUGUGAGGUUUUCUUUUGCUUGAGUGGAUGGUAGCACUGUAUCAUUGAACUCAUUUUGUAUCAAAGCAAUUUUGCUUGCAGAAAGCUCUGAAAUAAACAUGUCCCUUAACUUUAUUUCUAUUGUAUUUCUUAUUUCGCAGGAAGAUCAUUUUCUGCAUUAUGAUUUAGGGCAUAUAUUAUUUCAAAUGACCAAUAAUUGCCAUAGGAACAUAGACUUUAAUGUAAUUUCCAAUUAUCUGCAGUCAGAUUUUGGUUAGCUACUGUAUUUGUUUAAUAAAACACUAAACUGCACA